GACGUAGACGGCAGACGGCAAUUUCACUCGGACAUUCGUGGACCGUGCAGCUGCUCGAACGAGCUCACGGAUUUUCCCUAACUCGACGCGAACCGAAUCCACGUGGAUAGUCAACUGUCAAGUGCCCGUACCGCAAUCACGUCUAAGCCUGGGUACAGGAAAUGGAUCCCGACGCUUUCAAGGAGUUCGCCAAGGAAAUGGCAGAAUAUAUUACUAAUUACCUGGAAAAUAUCAGGGACAGGCGAGUGCUUCCGACGGUAGAACCAGGUUACAUGAAACCCCUUUUGCCUUCCGAGGCGCCGCAAAGGCCAGAAAGUUGGAAAGACGUUAUGGCAGAUAUCGAGAAAGUGAUAAUGCCAGGAGUUACACACUGGCAUAGCCCGAAAUUUCACGCGUAUUUUCCUACAGCCCAAUCGUAUCCAGCGAUCGUUGCUGACAUGCUUAGCGGUGCUAUCGCAUGCAUCGGGUUCACUUGGAUCGCAAGUCCUGCUUGUACCGAGUUGGAGGUAAUAAUGUUGGACUGGCUAGGAAAAAUGUUAGAUCUGCCCAAAGAAUUUUUAGCCUGCAGCGGUGGAAAGGGAGGUGGUGUCAUUCAGGGAACCGCGAGCGAAGCUACUUUGGUCGCACUUCUCGGCGCCAAGGCUAGAAAAAUAAGGCAGGUCAAGGAACAACAUCCUGACUGGACGGACAACCAAAUUGUGGAAAAACUAAUCGCUUAUAGUUCCUGUCAAGCUCACAGCUCCGUAGAACGAGCUGGUCUUCUCGGAGGCGUAAAAUUCCGAUUGCUAGAAGUCGAUUCGAAAUAUAAACUUCGCGGUGAGACACUGGCAGAGGCCAUUCGUAAGGAUAAAGAACAAGGACUGAUUCCAUUCUACGCUGUCGCCACUUUGGGAACCACUUGCUCUUGUGCAUUCGAUCGUGUCGAUGAAAUGGGUGUGGUUGCGAAUCGUGAGAAUGUUUGGCUACAUGUUGACGCAGCUUAUGCUGGUUCGGCGUUCAUUUGCCCGGAAUUCCGAUAUUUAAUGAAAGGCACCGAGUUGGCAGAUUCCUUCAAUUUUAAUCCACACAAAUGGAUGUUGGUGAAUUUUGAUUGCUCGACGAUGUGGUUAAAGGAUCCAACAUACGUUAUCAAUGCUUUCAAUGUGGAUCCUCUGUAUCUAAAGCACGAUAUGCAAGGUUCUGCUCCGGACUAUAGGCAUUGGCAGAUUCCAUUGGGACGAAGAUUCAGAGCGUUGAAACUCUGGUUCGUGUUGAGGAUUUAUGGCGUCGAAAAUCUUCAACGAUAUAUCAGAAACCACGUUGCCCAGGCUCAUGAAUUCGAAGCGCUGGUUCUUUCGGAUCCACGAUUCGAAAUUGUCGCCGAAGUGAUAUUAGGACUUGUCUGUUUCCGAUUAAAGGGAUCGAACGACAUAAACGAGACCUUAUUGAAGAAGAUCAACGGCGCCGGAAACAUUCAUUUAGUGCCAUCCAAAAUAAACGACAUGUACUUCCUACGGUUCGCAGUUUGCUCGCGGUACAGCGAAAGCAAAGAUAUUCAAAACUCUUGGAAAGAGAUAAAGCUGAGAGCAGACGAGGUUCUCGAGGAACAAUCGGUUUCUAAGUGAUGGCGGGCUCAGAUAGCUCGUGGUUGUCGAUCCUUGACACCUGCAACCUGCAAUCAAUCCUAGCUUUUAAUCGUUUUUCGUGUUAGCGAUCUUGGAAGAACCAAUGCAUAGUCGAGAAACAGGGAUUUGUUUAACGUAUUUCGCGACUCGACGUGUAAUUGCUAAACUUUUACAAACGACGAGUCGGAUAGAAAUUAAAGUAAGAUCAUUAGCAUAAUAUAUAUACGUAUGACAAUGAUGGAAAUAUUUCCUUCGUAUUUUUAAUUAAUUAACGCGAUCGGUUACACAGCUCGCUCUUCGCUUACGUUUUUAUCACUGGACGACUGUUAAACCUUCCGCGCACGGCUUUUUUCCUCUCGGCGAUUCGAUUUUUACUUCUCGAUUCUCUAUUUUUCCGAUUCAUCUGUUUGUCGCAGAUCGGCACGAUUACGCGACGUAACGACAGCUACACGGUGAUACUUCCUCGUCGAGAUUUAGGCUCGGAGCAGACACUUUACCACGCGACAUCGUUGCAGGUCCGUUCGAACAAAGAAAUGAAAUUCUUCGGUUUGACGAAAGAAGAAUACACGCGUAUGUUGUUCGAGGCGGAAUAUCUUAAGCAACGGAAUUGUUCUAUGGUUUCGUAAGGUCAUUGGUGCUAGGAAAGUCAGAAUUUCUUGGGCUUAUAGACGUAAACGUAUAAAGGCAUAGAAAUAUAAAUAUAAAAAAGUAAAUGUGUAAAGAUAUAAACGAAUAAAAAAAUGGGAGCAUAAAUCUGGAAUAUAAGUUGAGCGUAAGAAGAAAUUCUGAAUCGAUGUAUAUGAUUUUGCAAACUCUGAUUUCCCGCAAAUCGUCUGCACCGAGCCUAAGUCGACUCCUACGUCGAUAUUUUUUUCUCUUGCUUUCUCGCGACGGUAAAGGCUUGCCGAUUGGACUCGCUGUCGUCAAAGCCGUUACACACACACACACACACACACACACACACACACACACACACACACACACACACACACACACACACACACACACACACACACACACACACACACACAGAGGUUCCCUUCAAUAAUAUUAAUAACCUCGAAAUAUAUUAAACAAGUCCCACAUAAGAAACACGCCAAAGAUCGUUAUUCGACUGUCGUUUCACGUCAGUGAACGCACAAUUUGCUGUAAGCGCAAUAUUAUAUGUCGCCUUGUACCAGUUUUCGAACGCAUACCUAAGCAAUAGCGUUGUAUAGACCCGUUAGAUCGCUUUCCUCAAGCAGCAAGACACUAUAUACAUACGUAUGUACCUUUAGCAACGCGUUACGCAAUUGCUGGCACCGAAGCGUCUUGCAAAUAUAUCUGUUACAUUCAGAACUUCUGCCAAGUAUUUAAAAAAAGCCUAGUAUCUUAAUGUAAUUUAAAACAUUUUAGUUCACAAAACAUAUUUCUUGUUGGUUUUCAUCGGCGAUCGUAUUAAGUUAUAUCAAGUUAAAGCGUGUAUGGAGGAUGAUCAGUCAUUUGGGUUAGAUGACGAGAGUACGAGAUAUUGAAACCGUCGAGACUAACUGGUAACUCAUAUUGAUUCGUACGACUGACUCAUUCUGGAGAACGUGGUCGUCUAUUUAUACUGAUCGAGGCAGUACCGAAAUAUUCAAGUUCGUUUUCGUUUGACCGUUACACGUAGCGGCGACAUUGUUUUGCUCGGAGUUUAUUUAUUAUUGCUUUAUGCGCGUUCUUACGAUGUUGAUACUCCGAGGCAAAACAAUAACAUGGUUUGUCCUGUAGCUUAUGUGUCGCUACAAAGUUAUAUCAAGUUGAAGUUAUUAUUGUAUUAAGUUAAAGUGUGUGAUUACUUAGGAACCAUAACAUUUGAUAGUAAACGAUCAACAGAAUUAGGUCGUUGACACCGAGUGCAAUAUAAAGUAGGAAUUAUUCCGCGUGUUGUUGAAUUUAACUCGUGCUCACCUUAUCAACGUUGUUUGAUUCCUUAAAGGAAAUAAUAUUAUCGCGAUUUACCUUGUUGAUAAAGAAAACAGUUCAAUGUUGUACGAUCAAUGUUCUUCUACUUAUCUGCAUCCAAAGAAUGUUUUGCGAAUAUUGCGAGGAAAUUGGAAAUUUCUGCUUAGGACAAAUAUCAGGAGUUAGCUUCAAAUAUCUUUCUCGGUCUUUUCUACCCAUAAAUACCGAAAGAACGUGAAAUACGUUUCUCGCGUGGGCGAAUAAUACAACGUUUCGGACAAUAUCUUCUUACCGCGUAAGAAGUUAAAUAAAAAACAGAAAGAAUGCGAAAAGUAAGAUCUUUCUUUGUGACGUUAAUACUUUUCAAGUAAUUUCAAUAUUUUAACAAAUUUUGUCGUUAUUUCCUGUUCGAAACGUCUACGUUGCGUGUAUUAAAUGUUUGGUAAAUAUCCUGAGCAAAUAAGUCAUGGAAAAUUGAGUUGUUCCAAGUGUAUAAAAUAUGUCACUAUAUAGGCAUGCUUUAAUUUAUUCACAAACAUACUUUCGUGUCCCAGCAUGUACGUGACAGAUAACGUCACAUAAAGUGAUUAUCUUAUCUGUAUAUUAGACGUCAGGCAAGAAUAUUUAUUUAUCGGAAUAUAUCGAUUUUAGUUGUCUAAAAUAUACAAGAAAUUUUAUAUUUUAUUAAAUUAUUUAAAGGUCAUGCUAUGGAAAGGAACGUGUAAAUUAUAUUUCUAUGUUCUAUCCUGUCGAUCUGAUAUAUAUUACUCUCGCAUAUGAUCUACUAAUUAUUAAAUUAUGUGUACUAUAUUUACGUUGUAAAUAAUUUAUCAAUACGAUAGUUAUAAGUAUACAGUACGUAUCUAUGUAACAUAUCUUUGUCUCUUCUACGCAAUUCACCUUUAUUCCCCGAUAAUUACUUGCCAUAAUCGUACUCGAACUACUUUAUAGUUAUACUCGAAUUAUUUAAUGGAACGUUCAAUAAGCUUAUAUAUAUUAUUCUUUACAACUACGAAACUAGUUACAGAAUUUCUAACAUAAAUGCAAGAAGCAUUUUUUAAGAAGUAUUAAAUCUAUAUUAUUCAACAAUUAUGUAGAAUAUUUAUGAAACAUAUACGAUAGAUGCAAAAUGUAUUUUUAUCAGGUUGCACCUAUUGUAUUAAUUGUAUUAAUGUAUUAAUUUCUACACUCAAUGUAAAUGAGAAUAGUACUAAAUGACAUGAAAUUUAAUAUACUUCGAGUCGAAUUGAUUUAAUGUAUUAAUUAAUUGGUGUGUAAAUAAUAGAUAUAGCGGUGUACCAAUAUGUUUUGCGACACUUAUCUCUUGAAGAUAAUUACGGAUUAAUUAUUAAGCGAUUACAAUCGUUAUUUAUUUAUAUUUAAGAAUUAAGCGUUGCAGUUUAUUUUAGGUAUGCUAUACUUUAAUUGUUCGUCGUUAGAUCGCGGAUAUUUGUAUGUCCGUUCUAAUAUCGAGUAUAAUUAUGGCAUUCUGAACAUAAUGUAGUGCUGCAACUGGGACAAUAAAUAGAUCUAGAAUUACUUUGCACUGUUUGGUCUAUCGAACGAGCAAACGUUCUUAAAAAUAAUGAAAAGAAAUUUUAAACACUACCACAUGCACUGGUUGAUACGACGCACGUAAUAAGAUUUACUUUUAUACACGUUUAACCGCAAAUGAUAGAUCGAUGUUAUAAAAGUAAUCAAAAAUUGCCUAAUUUUUGCUCAUAAAUAUAUAUUUCAAAAUACAUGGUAAAACCAGCAAAAUGUUGGUGUUUGAAAAAUAAAUGUAAUUAAAAGGAUAAAUUGUAAUUUUGGAAGACGAAUAUACGUACGUAAAUAUUAUUGUCGUCACUCGUGAAGAAUAAGAACGUUUUCUCGAUGCGAUAACACGAAUUGUUGUUAAACGGGACCAACGGAAAGUAAUAAAAGAAAAUAUAUGUACGUACGUACCUGUUACGUCGAUAUGUAAAAGGUUUGUUUCAAACGUUUAUUUCCGUUCUUGAGACGCGCAACUCACUGUAAUAAAUAUAUAAAUGUACUAUACUAUACAUAAAUGUUGAAAGUAUCUAUCGAGAUAUCAUCGUUAUAACAAUGCCGAUUCAAUAAACUAUACAUGUAUGUAAUUACUCUGAUCAAA